GCAGUUUCUCAUAGGAUUUCUUUACGGGUAGCACACUGGCCAAGACGGAAGCGGGAGGGACUUUAACAUGGCGGAGACACACAGCCUGCAGGACAUUCGACAGCAAGCCGCCAUCGCAGCCAAAGUCUUUGUCCAGAGGGAUUACUCCAGCGGCACCAUAUGCCAGUUCCAGACCAAAUUUCCCCCAGAGCUGGAAACGCGGAUCGAUAAACAGCAGUUUGAGGAGACGAUCCGGGCGCUCAACACGCUGUACGCAGAGGCGGAGAAGCUUGGGGGGAAGUCCUACCUGGAGGGCUGCCUGGCCUGCGUCACGGCCUACACCAUCUUCCUGUGCAUGGAGACCCACUACGAGAAGGUUCUGAAGAAGAUCGCCAGGUACAUCCAGGAACAGAACGACAAAAUCUACGCCCCCCGUGGCCUGCUGCUGACUGACCCCAUCGAGAGAGGCCUGAGAGUCGUGGAGAUCACUGUCUUUGAAGACCGAAGCUCUGGAGCUGGGAGAUGAAGUCCUCCCCAAAAGUUCCCUUGAUAGUGUCAUCAGUAGGAGACCGGACUUCUCACAGUGUCGGUUGCCUGGUUACCUGCUGAGGCCACGCCCUGCCACCGCGACUCUACAAUCACUCCUGUCUUACAGACUGUGGAUAGUGUGUGUCUGUCCUGCGUUUCCUCUCCAGAGGGUGGGCUGUCCAGGGUGACCGUCCACCCGCCAUUCAUAUGUGGGUUACAGUAAACCUUCAAAUGUACAGUUUCUUACUUUUAACAUAAAUCAGGUUUAUAUUUCUUU